GCGCGCGGCAGAGCAAGCGUAAAGACAAGGCAUCGUUGUACGCUACUGAUAGGCUGCUUCGCAUAAAAGGUGCCUUGCGCUGCGCGCCAUUGCCGUGAGCGGCCACCUAUUAAUACUGAGCGCUGACAAAGGAGUAUCAGGAGUAACAGAGCGCCAUGCCUCCAAAAGACCAGAAGCCGAGCGGGCAGCAGAAGGCGCGCAUGGACGAGGCCAUGCGCGAGUUCGAGCGCGCCGUCGGCAAGGGCGCCGCGUCCUUGCGCAGCCAGGCCGUGAAUCAUGUGAGAGAGGACGAGCAGCUCCGCCAGUCGGCAAAAGAAACAUUAUUACACGUGGUGCGGGCGCGCACGGCGGCGCACAGCGCGGCGAGCAUCGCGCUGUCGCGGAGCGACCCGGCGUCGCCGCGAAGGAGGAGCUUGCAGGAUAUCGGGCUGGUGAGCGGGGCCGCCGCGAACGUGGCCAUCCACCGGAGCGUCGAGCAGAUCAACGAGGAGAAGUUGAGGAGACGGCGGGCGGCGGGCGAGGACGUGGAGGACGAUCGGUCGAAGGGCCAACCGGUCUUCGAGCACCUGGAGCGAUGUGCGGAAAGGGUGAUGGCCGCGGAGCUCGCCGUGGCGAAAAGGGUAGCUGAAGCGAAACGGAGCUUCAAGGAGGGUGCGCGGCGGACGUUGCGGGGCUGUGCCGCGGACGCGGGGCAAGCGUUGAUCCCAGAGGACGAGGAGGAGAAGAGACGAAGGGAGGACCAGCUGCUCGACUCGCGGCCGCCCAUCUUAGAUGCUUUAUUAUCUGGAGACCCGAAGGAGAUCGAUUCGGGCCUGGAGGUGUUGGCCGGUCCCCUCGUACUUUAUUUUAGGCACUACUCGAACCUGUGGCAGAUGAGCCCGAAGAUCAUUUUGAUCGUCAUAUCCCUCCCGAUCAUCGCGGGCGACGUCUUGACGGCCAUCAACAAGGAUGUGUUCGGGUGGGUGCCGCAGCUCGCGAAGAACACGGACGAGGAGUGCCGCGGCCUUCUGGGUACGAAUUUCUUCGCGAUGACGGCGUGGUUGACGGCCCAGGUCGUCACGGACAUUAGUAUCGUGAUCACGCGGGCGAAGCGGCAUAGCAUCACGAAGCCCGUGGUAAGGGCGUUUUUUCGCGGCGAAGGCGUGGAAGCGGCCGCGAUCCGACGGGCACAUCGAGCCAAGCUCUUCACGAGCUUCGUGCAGCACUCCAUCGCGAAGAUUCGAGGAAGGAAGUCGACCCACUCCAAGAAGGAGCAGAAGGUGAAGCGGGGGACGACGAAGCGGCGCGUCUCCGGAAGCGUCAGAAGGGAAGAGCGGCGCCAGUCAAAAUCACCCAGACACCAGAAGUCGUCGGAUGGCGAGGAGACCGAGGACCACCCGCCGCACGCGUUGGACGUCGUGAUUCCCAUCGAGGAGGCGACCGAGCGGGGCGAACGGGCGUUAUUGUGUCUCGCGAGGCUCGAGAACUCGGGCACGCGCGUGCCCCUCGCACUCUUGACGAUUCUCAGCUUCAUGCUCGGCUUGUUUGGGGCUGUCUACGUGCUUUUGCCGGCCUCGAACAACUGCAAGUCGCUCGCAUUGUUUCUGGCGAACGCUUAUGUGGCUUUCUACUACAUCUUCUUCGUGCCGAACCUGAUCGUUUGUGUCGUGUCCGUGACGGAGAUGACGUCCUGGAAGGGGUCGAACAACCAUCGGUUGGAGCGGUUUAUAGAUAGGUACGUCGCGAGAUUAGAUGAUAUCCUGUUCCUGGGCCACCUGCCCUUCUGCGUCUUCUUCGCGAAGCGGCUCAUGCUGAAGACGACGCCGCCACCGUUAGAUGGGGCUCGAUUGCGCGCGCAGCUGCGACGGGACGAGUUCGUCCUGACCGAGCGAAAGAAGCAAUUGGAGGAAGCAAUCGAGGACUGCGAGGACCAGCUCGAGACCGUCGCCACGAUCCGGCGCCGGGCGCGGUUGACGUAUCGCCGGAAGGAAUCGGACGACCCGCUCGGCCCGGUCGAGACGCUCCGCGUGAAGCGCUACAUCCAGCGCGUGCCCAAGAUCGAGUGGCGCCAGUCCUUCGUGCCCGUCUACCGCGAGCUCGACCCGACCGUGCCCGUGGACUGGACGGAGCGCGCGCGCGGCACGGCCGAGGCUGCGCGGCGGCUCUUCACGCCGCGGCGGUCCUUCGACGAGGAGUCGCUCGGCGGCGAGUCGAAGGCCGAGGAGUCGUCCGACGGCGCGUCGUCGACGUCGGGCGACUCGUCCUUCUCCCUGAAUAUGGACUCGCCGCGGUGA